AUGGCUUCAACAAAAUGCGAGUUGUAUGUGUACACUCCAAGCAUAGCACUUGCUGUUGUUGCAGUCAUCGCUUUCUCUGGCCUGGCAGCUAUUCAUUGCUUCCGCAUGAUCCAGACGAGGACCUGGUCCGGCAUAUUUCUUGUUCUCGGUGCCUUCGCCCAGCUAUCUGGCUAUACCGCUCGUCUUUUCUCGACGCAAGAUGUCUGUAAUCGCGUUGCAUAUGGGAUUCAGUCGGUUCUUCUGCUACUGGGGCCGACUCUAAUUAUGCUAUCCGUCAACAUGAUACAGACAGAUUUUGCUCGAGCUUUGGAAGCCGAGCAAUAUUGCCUAGUUCCAGUCCGAUGGCAGAAACCUCUCUAUUUGAGCCUCAAUACAAUUUUGGUCAUCAUUCAAGCUGUCGGAGGCAUUUUGAUCGUCUCAUCCACCUCAAUCACAACGAUCAGCCUAGGAAGCAAGAUCACAAUCGGUAUUUACGUUAUCCAAAUACUGUUCUGGGGCUUUGUAUUUGCAGAAAAUGUUUGCAUGACUAUUCGACUCCGUCGUCAGCCAACAGAGACCAGCGUGGAAUCACUGAAGAAUUGGAAAAUGUGGAAUCAGCUGUUUGGUCUUUCGACCAGCAUUAUUGGGUUUGGGCGCAAUGUUAUGUGCUUGACUAUGGCUGGUGGAAUUGCCUUUCUCAGUGAAAAUGAAUGGCCAUCCUACGCUUUCGAUGGCUACCAAAUGAUCAUGGUAUUGGGCGCUUGGGCGGUUUGGUAUCUUCCUGAGGAGUGUGAAGCAGUCAACGAUAAAAGGGACUAUAGGAGCCUUACCAGGCUCGAGGAAAUCCGCCGCAGCCCUUCAUAA